CCGGCACUACCCUGCUAGUGUGCGUGACAGCGUGAAGCUGGGGCCUGCUCUCCAGAGACUUUUGGGCAUAUUAAGGACCUCUCAAGCUCUAUGUCGGUGGCCUUCCAAAAUCCACGACAUGGCAGAUGGGGCACAGGCCAACCCCAAAGGGUUCAGGAAGAAGGCGCUGGUUAAACACUCCACUGGACGGAAGAGCCCAGGCCUCAGGGCCUCUCCUUCUAAAACCUCCAGGUCCAGCCUGGGUAUGAAGAAAUUCUUUGCCAUCGCAGUCCUGGCCGGCAGUGUGGUAACCACGGCCCACAGCAGCCUGCUGAACCUGAAGUCCAUGGUGGAGGCCAUCACACACAGAAACUCCAUCCUGUCCUUUGUGGGCUACGGCUGCUACUGCGGGCUGGGGGGACGAGGCCAUCCCAUGGAUGAGGUAGACUGGUGCUGCCACGCCCACGACUGUUGUUACGAGAAGCUCUUUGAGCAGGGCUGCCGCCCCUACGUGGACCACUAUGACCACAGGAUCGAGAAUGACACCAUGAUUGUCUGCACUGAGCUCAAUGAGACGGAGUGUGACAAGCAGACAUGCGAGUGUGACAAGAGCCUGACUCUGUGUCUCAAGGAUCACCCAUACAGGAACAAGUACCGAGGCUACUUCAACGUCUACUGCCAGGGCCCCACACCCAACUGCAGCAUCUACGACCCGUACCCAGAGGAAGUCACCUGUGGGCAUGGCCUCCCUGGGACCCCUGUCUCAACCUAGCCCAACUGAAGUCCGAGAGAAGAGACGGUGCGAUGUCCCGCUGGGGUCUACAUCUGAUGUGUGGGGCCACAUAGGGCGCAGAACUGUCCUGUGGUUCCGUCCCAGUCCUGUAGUGAGCUCAGUACUAGAAGAUUCUAGAAGGCCAGGGCUUGUCAGUGGUAUCAUUCUGUCAGUCUUACACUAAGCAUCUGGGGGCCUCUCCUGGAUAUGGAAAGAAAUGAUGACCCCCAGCUCAACUCCAAGAACCAUUGAGACCUUUCACAGGCCUGAAAAUCCACUCCCAGGCAGGCAGAGUGCCAGGUUGAGGCCUGGGUUCUGGGGGGACCCUGGAGCCCCACAAGCUGACAUAAAGAGUCAUCUCUGCUUUUCGGACUUGUGGCCCUCUAGAGUCUCAUUCACAGAGUGGGUGACCCCAUCCAGUCCUUAGCCAACAGGAUGCAUCUAGGCCCAAAGCCUGACCUCUGUUACCCAGAGUGCCUCCGGGCAGGCUCCGAGGGCACAGGGACCCCAUAUACACAGUAGCUGCACAUACAGGGACUGGCUGGAGGUGGUCACACCUCCACGGUUCUUCCUGCCCCUCUGACUCGUGUCCAGAAGUGGUGGGUACCCCCCACCCUGUGCCAUUCAUUGUCCCACCCACAUUCAGAGCAGCAGGCCAGGGCUGCUGGGAGCUUACUCUCUCUCUAUGCAGGGAGAGGCUAGUUCAGACUGUCACUGGGGAAGACACUAAGGUGUGGGUUGAAAUGUGGAAGGGAAGGUCAAAUCAGGAGACUGAAAGGAAAACUCAGGUGGGGAGGGGACGGGGUAGUAAGGAAAGGAGCUGGGGAGAGGUAGAGGCAAGUUGUAAUGAGGCUCAGGCUAGUUGCCAGACAUGUCAGUGGGAACAGCAAGGGAAAGGAUGGCAAAGGGCAAGUGUAACUGAGGGUACUGGGCCCCACAGCUCUGGGGAAUCUUGGACAGAGGUGAGGGCUCCUGCUGGCAGGUCACCUCUGCUAUCCCCAGCCUCAUAUUUCUUCAGGUGUACCUCCCCCUGUCCCCUGCCUCUCCUUCCAUCUCAGGGUCAGCAGUGUCUAGCCCUACCUCAUAUCUGUCUUCUGCCUCCAUCCAAUGUCAACACUGAGGACCCAGCCUUGUCCAGAUGCUGACAACAUUCACCGGGAGGCUUAGCUUGUAUGGCUACAUGGGACACUGUCACUGGGGACAGAGAGCCAAGCAGGAUGGUGUAGAGGCAGGGAAGGCUGUUUAUGCAGGUAGCAGUGUCUGUAAUGGCAGCACAUGUGUGAGAGGGGCCACUCUCUGAAGUUUGCCUCAUGCUGGUUGUGGUGUGACACAGUGGUCACUUAUGUACACUGACCCAGCUUGCCCCAGCCUUGUGAUCUUCCUCAUUUACCCUCUCAGAGGCUCAGCCAACAAGCCUCCCUGGUCUUCCCUGCCUCACUGCUCCCAUCAAGCCAGGGGCGGAGUUGGGAUGGACGCCCAGAGAGAUUCCCGCUGAGCUUUGACCCCAGAUGUGUGGGCUCCUCCAUGGGUAUAUUCCUAUAGAGUAGGCUGGGCCAAUGAGACUCCACUGUUGUGGGACCCAGCUCACCUGUACCUCAGCCCCCCUCCCCCUGUCUCCACAGAAUACAGCAUCUCUUCCCCAGACUAAUAAAAGCCCUCCUGUCUUGGCUGC